UCUUUUUUUCUCUCUCUCUACAAUUUUUUAUUCACAAGCAAAUCUCCCCGUCGUCUUCUUCCCAAAGCUAAAACACGAACCCAGAUAGAGAAAUAUAGAAAACUAGUGAAAGAAACAAGCUUCCGGAAACAAAAUCUAUUAUUGUCUCAAAAAUCAUGAGCAACGGAUAUGACUAUUUGUUCAAGCUGUUGUUAAUCGGAGACUCUUCUGUCGGAAAAUCAUGUCUGCUUCUCAGAUUUGCUGAUGAUUCUUAUGUUGAUAGUUACAUAAGCACCAUUGGUGUUGACUUUAAGAUAAGAACAGUUGAUCUUGAUGGGAAGACAGUCAAGUUGCAAAUUUGGGACACUGCUGGACAAGAGCGAUUUCGGACUAUAACUAGCAGUUACUACCGAGGAGCACAUGGAAUCAUUAUUGUCUAUGAUGUAACUGAGACGGAGAGCUUCAACAAUGUGAAGCAAUGGCUGAACGAGAUCGAUCGAUAUGCAAACGACAGUGUGUGCAAACUUCUAGUUGGAAACAAAUGUGAUUUAGUUGAGAACAAGGUUGUUGACACUCAAACUGCAAAGGAUUUUGCAGAUGAGCUUGGAAUUCCCUUCCUAGAGACUAGUGCAAAGGACUCCAUAAAUGUGGAACAAGCUUUUCUGACUAUGGCUGGAGAAAUUAAGAAAAAAAUGGGUAACCUUGCAUCUGCAAACAAGAAUGAUGCUGGCAAUGUUCAAAUCAAAGGGCAGCCAAUUGAGCAGAAGAACAAUUGUUGUGGCUAAUGUUGUAUUUACUGUGUUUAAAUUUCCCAUUAUGUCAUGUUAUAUAUUAUGAACAAGACUGAAAUUAGCCGAUCUUAAACACUUUACCCUGUUCUCCAAAAAUUCCAUGGCAUAACUGUUAUUUACUGAA